GUAAGCUUAUUUGACUCUUACAAAUGUGUCAAAUUGUUGUACCUUCGAGAGGACGGUCUUUGUUGAUUUAUUGCAUCGUGAUUUGUUACUACUCUAUUGACUUUAUAAAAGAAUAGAACAUGUAACAAAUAAACAGUGAGAUAUAUUCAUGAAAGAAAUCCUUAAAAAGAAGUAUCGAAUAACCUACAUCUCUUGACAUCUAACUAGUGUUGAUUAGCGUAUCGUUGCGUUUUGUGAAUUAUUCUCAUCAGCUUGAGAAAAGAAUUUACCGACAAGUGCAUCGCGUAUCGUAGUAUCCGCGAUGAUGCGGCAAGAAAUAACUUUGACGAAGCCGGCACGUAAAAAACCGAACAUUGAUGCAUCGAUAGCUGAAUGAUUUUCAAAAAUACCAUAGAACAAGAAUUUUUAGCGAGUCCUUGUUUUGUUCUCGGAUCUAUCCUUUACCAUAAAUACAUCGAUGAUCUUUUAAAGAAUCGUACUUGAAGUGUUAUAGGCAUACAUGAAAUGGGUAGUGCUUGGUGGCAGUGUGCUGCAUGUUUGAGAACACAAGAAGAAGAUAUCUGCGAGUUGCAUUUGAAUAAUUGUAAUCUUUAUGAUGUACCACCUGACGUGUUCAUUUAUGAAAGGACAUUAGAGAAAUUGUAUCUUGAUGCCAAUAGGAUAAAGGAUCUUCCAAGGCCACUGUUUCAGUGCCAUGAAUUACGAGUACUUUCUCUCAGUGAUAAUGAAGUCACAACAUUACCACCCGCCAUAGCAUCAUUAAUUAACUUGGAAUAUUUAGACCUCAGUAAAAAUAGUAUUAAAGAGCUACCAGAUAGUAUAAAAGAAUGUAAAAAUCUUCGUUCUAUAGAUAUCAGUGUUAAUCCAUUUGAACGUUUCCCUGAUGCUAUUACACAUAUUGUUGGAUUAAGAGAAUUGUAUAUAAAUGAUGCAUAUAUAGAAUAUUUACCAGCAAAUUUUGGAAGACUUUCAGCUUUGAAAACAUUAGAACUUAGGGAAAAUAACUUGAUGACAUUACCAAAGAGUAUGAGCCGUUUAAUAAAUUUGCAAAGACUUGAUAUUGGUAAUAAUGAUUUCACUGAAUUGCCUGAAGUUGUUGGGGAUCUUAUCAAUCUCACUGAAUUGUGGAUAGAUGGUAAUGAUAUUAGACGUGUACCACUCAACAUUAAUCAGCUUUACCGUUUAAAUCAUUUUGACUGUACAAUGAACGCAAUUCAUAUUAUACCAUCAGAGGUAGAAGGAUGGAGAGAUAUUUCGAUUAUGCAUCUUUCAUCAAAUGAAAUUUAUCAGUUACCAGAUUCCCUUUGUUAUCUACGUACAAUUGUGACUCUUAAAGUUGAUGACAAUCAAUUGAAUGCACUGCCAAAUGACAUUGGACAAAUGUCAAGCUUAGAGGAGCUUAUAGUUACUAAGAACUUCCUUGAAUAUUUGCCAUCAUCAAUAGGACUUUUGCGAAAAUUACAUUGUUUAAAUGUAGACAAUAAUUACUUGAGAUGCCUUCCACCAGAGAUUGGAAGUUGCACAGCAUUAUCGUUGCUAUCAUUGAGGUCGAACAAUCUAACUCGAGUCCCACCUGAAUUGGGACAUCUAUCCUCUUUAAAAGUACUCAAUCUUGUAAACAAUUGCAUCAAAUUUUUGCCUGUUUCUAUGUUGAAUUUGAGUAAUUUGAAAGCAUUAUGGCUGAGCGACAAUCAAAGUCAACCAUUAGUGCCAUUGCAGCAGGAAUUCAAUUGUGAAGAGGACAUGAUGGUGUUAAGUUGCUUUAUGCUCCCACAAAAACCACGGCAAGAACUUGAACAAGUAACACCAACUGUAGGAUUAAUUUCAAGUUCGAUCGUUGGUACUGGAAAAAGAAUAUGUUUUGCUGCUGAGGUAGAAUCUGAAAUCCCUAGACAACUUCAUCGAGCACCGACUCCCUACCCUAAAGAGCUGCGCAACCUUGCUAGGCAUGCCCGAAAUUUGCAUCAUCAAUCAGCGCACGAUCAAAGAAUGCAUUUAGAACAGGAGACUAUGAUCAAAGAAGCUAUUAUUGCUACAACUACUCUGGACCUUACCUCAAAAUCUGGGACCUGUCUUUCACAAAGUUUAUUUAAUAAGGAUUCACACUCAUCGUUAUCACCAAUUGAACAUUAUACAUCAAAGGCAUGCAAGAAUAAUAGUUCUACGGAUAUUGGAACAGAACAAUCUGUUUCAGAAGAAUCUUCUGAUGAAGCAAAUAAGACCGUACUUGCAAAAGAAAAAAGUCCGGAUAUCCGAGAAGCAAAAUAUAUUCGUAAUCCCACGUCUGAGUAUCUUUCCAAAACUCCAACAGUAGCAGAUUAUGUAAAUUCGACUUGGAAACCGGAUGAGUACUCGAAGGCAAACACAGCAAAAAUUGUUGAAUCAGACAAAUUUAUUGAACCCUAUAAGACUAUGCCUAUUGCCGCGAACAACAAAAAUACCGAUCAUGUUCAAAUGUCGAAAGUAAAUGACGUUCCACCCGUCCCGCCACCAUACCAUAUUGCAGCCGCAUUUUCAAAAAAGGCGGCACUUUUUCAGCAAUUGAGUCAAUCAGCUCCAUUAGACUUAUCGACGAUGGCUCCUCCACCAAUUGAUAUGAACAUAUCAAAUUCGAAAAUAUCGCAGGGAACGGAAAUACAAAAUUAUGAUGGAGAGCCAUUUAAAGUUGAAGAGCAUUUGUACAAUGACAAAUUUGCAUUGAAUAAUACAGAUAUGACAAACACCUCAAGUAACGAUGGAAAUAUAAACUCUUUUAGUGGCACCGAUCAACCCACGUUAACGGAUUCGAUCGAUCCGACAGCACAGUCAUUAGAAGGAGAUCGAUCGUUAAAACCAAGUAGAAUUCCUAUUUUAAAGACGAAACAUUUAGAAAGUAUGAAUUCUAUUUCAAAUAGCGAUCUAUCGAAUAAAUGUACAAAUUCUUCUGUUGAAGACUAUGAAGCUUCAAAAAUAUUGAACGCAUCGUGUAUACCAACAUCUCCUAUAACUGGGAAAAAAUAUCGAAGUCCGCUAUCUAUGCAACCUAAAGUUUUGGAUCGACCAAAAAAGAUAAUAAACGGAUCUGUUUCAAAUAAUAAUACUUCCUGUGAUAAUUUAUCCAUAAAUGCAAUAAACUCAAGUCUAGUUACAAAUUCAAAUAUGGAAGGAAUUUCAAAAACUUCAUCUAUCGAAACGACGAAUACGAACAGUUCUAUCAAUGUAAAAAAUGAAACUAGCUCUGGUCGAAGUACUCCAAUUCUAGCGAAUAAUAAAUCUUUAAAUGAGGUGACCAAUUCUAAUAUUGAUAAUUCUAAAGUUGCUGGAUUGACUGAGUCAUUACAUUUAGAAAGAAAACCAAGAUUUAAAUGGAUGUUCGGGCCGCACAAAAAUGCUAACGUAUUGCCUGUUCAAGUGAAAAAAAAUCCAGGUCUUGGUUUCAGCAUUGCCGGUGGAGUGGCAGGCGCAGAAACCGGAAUAAUUGUGACUAAAGUGAAUCCAGAUGGUCCAGCACAAGGUACCCUUCGACCAGGAGAUAAGAUCUUAGAAGUCGAUGGUAUAGAUUUCACUAAAUCUGAUCAUAACAAUGCUGUCGCUGUCCUUCGAGCAACCGGAGCAGUAGUAUCUAUGAUGAUUAGUCGUCACCAAUGACAUCCAGUUAAAAAACGCAAUGAUAUCUUCUUUUUAUUUUCUGUAACUAGUAAUCAGUUUAUACACAUCAAACUGAAUACACUUCACGUAAGUUUUUUUAGUGUAUAUAUUUCUUUAAUUAAUAUUAGUAUAUACCAAUAUACUUAUAAACACACAAAAGAAAUAGAAGUUCCAUUUUGUUUUUCUUGAACGCUUGUUUUCAUGGUAGUAGAUCAUAUUCCCUUUGAUACUGUCAAGCAAUUGAAUGACUGAAACAGCGUUACCAAAGGUGGGAGUGAUGGUAUUUAUUUGAAGAAAAUAUUUCUGGCUUCCAGUGGUCAUGACUUGUGAACUAAGCUUUUUAAAAACAGAAAUAAUAACGAUUUCGAGGAAGAAUUCUAUUCUUAGGUUAUACCAUAGAUUAGAAAUGCGUUCCCUUGCACAAUUUAUGAUGAAGAAAAGAGUUUGAAAUGUGAUGUAUAAAAAAGCUAUUUUUAAGAAAAAUUUCUUCAUGGGCCAAUCCACAGCUUACUCAUAUUAUUUGGUUACAUAAGUAGGUAAAAUAGGAACUAUUUAGUGAAUAAUCAUAAGAUGAUAAGUUUCUUCCUGAAUUUCUAUCUCCAAAAGAAUGCAUAUAUUUGUGUUGUUUUAUGAUGUUGAUUAUAUUUGUGUCAACUCACUUGUUCUCUUUGCAGAGAGCUAACAAUGUGCCAGAAACAAAAUACUAUUUAUUAUUCAUAUAUAUUUAAAAAAAUAUUAUAUGAAAAUGAAUAUAUAUUAUGCAUAUAUAUUAUAUACAAACAUUAUCUCUGUCAACUAGGCGAGAUUCUUACAGACACUUCUUUUGUGAGAUAUCAUGUGAAGUACAUAUUUUGUAUAUGUAGAAAAAUGGUUUUUCUACAAAUUUAUCCUAAUGCAUAGACUUUAAAAGCACAAAGAGUUCCAUAAUUAACUUGCUUGUAUUAUUUACAGUUCGUAUUUAAAAAAUGAUACACUUUAAUUUCAUUUGAAAAAUAUAUCUGUGAGAAUCUUAUUAAUGUAAAGAAAAAAGGAAUGUUCUUCUAUGUGCCGUAAUUUUAUUGGUUAUGUUUUUAAUAGUUUUGUUACUAUUGGUUUUGAUUCUUUUUCUUCUUUCUUCUUUUUUUAAUAAAAAGAUACUUAUCAGAAAUAUAAAUUUACAUUUUCCAAACAAUUUUAUAUAUUUUUGCUUGCCAUUGUUUUUGAUAAGUUUGUUUUGUUAGAUACUAGCAAUUCUCUUAUCAUAAAGUCAGCUGUUAAAUGUUUGAUAAAACGAGAUCUUUAUUGUUAUGGUUGUGAAUUAUUAUAUUUCAUUCAUUCUAUGUAAAGGAACAAAUAUAUGUACCUUGUAGGGACUGUUUUCGAACAACAGUUAUUAAUAUGGCAUAAUAAUGCCAAAUCAUAAGAUAAAACACUACUUUUCUAUGUUAGUGAAGUUAUAUCAAAAGAAAAAAGAAAAAAAGAAAGUUAUUCAUGUAAAUGGAGUAGAGCUCUGAGAUAAAUGUUUAGAAAGGUUGUGUGGUGAUGUAUAGCACAAGUGAACUAUUCAUGUCAAGUUAUGAGUUAUAAUAUAGUAUACUAUUUGUAUCCCAGAACUUUUAUAGCAAGAUAACAAUAUUGCACUUCACUUUACCUCGCAUAUACAAAACAAUUACUAUGCACAUUCUCUUUAUUUAUACAUUUUUUUACAUUUGAAUUAGUUUCAUUAGUUAUAAGGACAUUUAGAAGAAAUGGUUUAUGCAUUUUUAUAGAUAUGUUUAAGUAAAUAUGUAUUGUUUGAUUUUAUUGCUUUCUAUAUUUUUUUGAUAUCUUUCAAAGUCGAUACAAAAUAUUUUUUGAUAUUCAUUUUUGUAAUAAUUUUUUUAAUAACUCGCUUAAAACGAUAUUACAGUUAUAUGGUAGCUAUACAGUGGAAAACUAUACAUACAUGCGCUUGUGUAUGUUCAGCAUAACUUCAAAUAUAUAUGAAUUGUUCUCUUCUAUAAUUAUCAGAGCUUUGAAUAUCUCAAUACAUUAUUUGAAACUAUAAUGAAGCAUAGAACUUCCAGAAUCAAGAAAUAUAAAAAAAAAUGUUAUAUUUACAGAAAGAUUUGUUUCGCGAAAUACCGGUGAUACUUAUUCACUGAAUAAGAUUCUUUACAUGUGAAUUAUUCACCUUCUAUAGGAAAUAUGUAGAAUUUUGAUAUAUUUUAGAAGUAAACCGACAAAAAGAGCAGAUUAUUUUUGAUUUAGGUAUUUUGUGAAAGUAAUUUUAGAUGACUAUAUACCCAAUUCUUAGUAAAAAUUAUAUAUGUUUUGAUUAUUUUUUAUGAGUACAUGUAGUUCUAUAAUAUAUAUAAGUAUACAUAAAAGCAGCUUGAUAUUUAAAUUUUUGAACUAACUAUAUUAUCAAUAAUAAUCUGCAUACCUAGUCAUAUUGGAAAGUAAGAAGUAUAAUCGAAGGUGGAUUAUAUUUUCGCCUGAUAAUACUUGUAUUUUUAUUAAUAUUUUGUGUAUUUUUUUAAUAUCAUUUUAUGUAUAAGAUCUAUAAUAGAAAAGAAUGCUUAUUUAUUGUAUGCUUUAUGUUUCAAUAAAUAUUCUAUUUGUUUAUACAUAACAAAUGUACAAACUGGAUUUUGCAUAUGUAUUAAUACUUUUUUAGCAAGAUGUAACAUCUCAUUUUAAAUAUUAUUUUAUGCUCAAAUACUCAAUUAAUGUCUUCUGCAGCAUAAAUUGAAAUUUUGAUUGUCAAACAAAAUUUUGGACCAUGAAAUGCAUAUACAAUCUUUUCUACUACUCUAACUACUAAACAGACUGACUACUUUUUGAGCAAAUAUUUAAGUGGCAUUUAAUGGAAUGUAUUGAUUGUAUGGAAAAUGUGUGAUUAAAAAUGCGAUACAUGAAACUGUAUAUAUAAAAAAUUAAAAAUAUAUAAGUGUACAAGUGGUUGUAUUCAUUAUUUAGAUCUUCAUUGCAAUCAAUAUUUUAUUCGAUAUUAGUUUUUAAUAAUUUCUUCAUUUUAUAAGAUUAACCAAUGUUUUCAAUAAUUUGAUAGAAUAAUAUUCCAAUUAAGUCAAAGAAAAAAGUUAUUGAAAAGACAACGUUAAUUAAUACAACCACUUCCUUGACAUAUUUUUUGGAAUAUCUGUUGAAUCAAUUUGUAUGACAAUGUAUGAUAGAUUAAAUGUACAAGAAAUGCUCACAGUGGUUUGACUGGUCAUCAUAUAAUGACUACCAUACAGUUGUAUGAAACUUUGAAUUUGUUAGAAAAAGAUAUUUUACCUUUCUUAAAAAGUCCUAGUUGGUUGUGCAGCAAUAAAUAAAUUAAUAUUUACGUACAAAA